AUGUGCCAACUGAUCGUCUUCUGGCACAUCUGCAGCCACCUGAUCCUCUCGACCAUGAAAUGCCCCUUCGACGGCGCGACCACGCACGAAGAAGAAACCACCACCACCGCGCUCGUCGACUACCCAUGCUGGCUUUGCAAGCAAGGCCCCCACCACGCCCAAUGGGAAAAAGUCUCCCGCGUCCGAUCCGCCAUCCUCACCGUGGAGCAGAUGGAAUUCAUCCUCAACGUCUCGUCCUACGAGCGUGACUUCCUCCCUCGAGUCGCGGGCUUCUACGCGCGAGGCGACCAUAAGCGCUGGGGCCAACCGGGCGAAAACAAGGCGAAGUACACCCAGAAGGACUCUUAUAUCGAGAGCUUGGAGCUGGAGAUUGCGCUGGCGGAGCGCGGGGAGAGAGCGGUUCUGAUGAAACCGGGGUUGAUGUUUGAUUUGGAGAUUGCGUUGGCGAAGCGCUUUGAUGUGGAGAAUUAUAAGCCGCUGUUUUGGCCGCUCAGAGGGUGGAGGGAGCCGAGUAUGGUGUUUUAUUCGGCUUCGACGAUGCUGAAGCUCUUGCCGUCGGUGGGGGAGCAGGGGGUGCUGAAGAUGACUGCGUGUGAUGGGGAAGAGAUUUAUGGGUGUCAGUUCGCGCCGCAGUCUGCCACAGCUGGCUCGAUGCUUUCGACCUCGUCUGGGCCUUCUCAAAGUGCUAUAUCCCUAUCUCUAUGCCAGACCAACAACACCUGGAGCGCUUCUUUCCCCGACAGGACCUUCGCCCCAGCUGCACAGAGCCAUGUCCCCACUUUUUGCGACAGCGUACCAGCCUGGAUGCAGUGGCAGAACAACAGCCACCCGCCUGGAGGUGAAGCACAGGGCCCUUCCACAUCCGAAAGUCUCUUCGGUUUCGAUGCAUACAGUGCGAACGACAUCGUGUUGCCGGAUCCGUGCUCAGCCGCCCAGAAGACUCAUAUGGGAACCCCCAUGCCUGGAGGCCCCGUGAUCCAGAACCCCGUCGACUACCAAAUGACAGGGACAGCGACAGCAACAGCUACCGAACUUAACCCCAUCUACUCUGGAACCGCUAACGGUGUCAAUAUCUCCUACCCUGCAGGCAAUCCCAUCCAAGCCCCUGAUAUCUCGCUACCCGCACCCCUCGCAUGCGAUAUGCUUCCAUUCGGAUACGGAUACACCACCCCCAGACCGAUAUCCAGCAACGCCAGCACCAACAUGAGCCCGAUGUCCCCUCAGCGUUGCCCGACGGAGCAGCAGCAGCAGCAGCAGCAGCAGCAACAGCAGCAACAGCAGCAACAGAAGCAGGAACAGCCAGUUCCGACCCAGAAUCCUUUCGGAUACGGAAGUUCACACCAGUUCCUCUCGGCGUCGAUUCCUAUGUGCCAAGCACAAGCUCAUAUACAAGCCCAGACACUCACCUAUCAAAAUCUCCGCCCACCACAACAGCAGCAACUGCAAUCACAAGCACAAGUACAACCAAACCACCAAGUCCAGGUCAAAACCUCAAUUACCUCACCCUCCCCCAAAAAAGCCAUCGCCAGAAAACCACGCCUCAGUGGCAGCAACCUAUUCCGCUCUCACGGCCCACCCAGCAAGCGCUAUCUGACGCCUUUGCCCUGCAACCCAGGAACCCCCGCGAUAAAGAUGUAUGAGACACCUGAGAAAAAGACAUUCUCUACUCCAGUUAUGGGUACUACUGGUACGAGUUCGGACGUGGAUAUGGAGGAUGGGAAUACGGAUAGCGAGACUGAUAGCUCGAGUGCUUCGCCGUCUACCCGCAGAAGAAGACGUACAGUCUCAGGCACAGGUACAAGCAUAACCAACGCUAAAGGUAAGGCAAGAGACACAGACAAAGGAAAAGCGCCAAUGAUAAGGGCAACUAUCAUGCAGGCUCAUGGUCCUGUCGAUUCUUGUGCGUUGAUGGUUGGCGGUUUUCCGUCUCAGGACCAUAUCCAUAUGUCUGCUCCUGCCCCUGCCCCUGGGCCUGGAAUCAUUCCUAAUCCUGGCCCUAUUCCUGGCCUCGGCUUUGACCCUGUCCCUAUGAUGAUGGGGAUGCCCAUGCCGAUAACGCCCCAGCGUGGCCCGGUCCAGUCGAAUAGGACACCCAUAAUGACGCAGUCGACGUCGAGCAAGAACGUAUCUACGAGUUUGAGUUUGAGUGGCGAGAGGAAGCGGAAACGGGAUCGGGAUCAGGAUCAUUCGCGUUCUUGUUCGCGUUCGCAGGCACAUUUACAGGCCCAGGCCCAGGCGCAGUCAAAAGAAGGGUAUUAG